AUGAGACAAUCAUAUGUGAAAGGGAAUCCGUAUCAUGCAAAAGAUGGCCUUGACUCAUUUUUUUACAUCUUCAACGAACACGGGAGACUAAAAGAUUCCUAUCUGACAAUAUCCAAUUUGAGGACGAUGCUUAGCAUGGAUACAAGAAGCGAUAUUCUAGUGUGGGAUAAGGUUGGAGAAUUCACGAAUGACGAACUUCGAAUGGCUGAUAUUGAAUGGCCAGGCGGUAAAACAAAUCCACCCGUAGACACUGCCGAUAAAUUCCAUUUGAAAAUUGUGACGUUGAAUGAACCACCAUUCAUCAUUGUUUCUGAUGUUGACCCGGAUACGGGAUCCUGUCCUGGCAGUGGAGGCUCCAUAUGUUUCUGGGAUGUACAACAGCACCAGCAAGAUGUCGUCCACAUAAAUCGAACACUGAAUAAAUGUUGUUCCGGAUACUGCAUCGAUUUGCUGGAAAAGCUCGCCAACGAUAUCGGCUUCACGUACACACUAUACAAAUUCAAAGUUGAGAAUUUGUGGGAUCUAGAUCGCACUGAAAUCGAUGUUCAAGAUGAAUCGGUGGAAGACACAGAAAAAGCAAUGGUGCUUGUUGAGCAAUCAAUAAAACGGCUAAAGGAUGAACAU